AUGCUUUCUGUCUCAACGAGUGUCCUUCGCCUGUUAUCCAUUUACUGUCUUCUGGUGCUCCAAAUGCUAUAUGCCGAGCACAAAUGCAUGGAGUGCGCAUCUUCGAACCUGAAAGGUCGCUGGGCAUUGACGGGCUUUGCUCAAACACUCCCUGUUCAGUCGUUCACCGCUGCCUGUAUCGCCGGUACAGAUACCGAGCGCUACAGUAUGUGCACCGGGUACUGUAUCACUUAUUUAUUUCAAGAUCCGGACGUCAGUAGCAGCAAUCCGGGCUUGAUGGUGGUAAGAGGAUGCCAGCGUCGGCUACUUGGAAUGAAAGGUCCUUCUCCAACUACCAACAAUUCUUCAGCAACAUCGUACUGCGAAUAUGACAAAGACUUAGCACGUCUGAACUCACAGGGUGAGCUCGUCAACAUCAAAGCACUGGUGCAGUUUUGUACAGGGAUUUCACGACAACAUGCACUGGCCACGCCGGAGCUUGUUCGUUCUUUCGUCUUUCGUUCAAAUGCAUUUUUUGUGUAUUUCUUUCGCCAUUUGGAAGCGGUGCAUAAAUCGUGCUCCGAUAUAAGUCUGUAUGGUGGUGAAGAUGGAUGUAUAAAGUCAGCUAUAACAGAUCUUCCAGGCAACCUAAUGAAGCUCAACGGUCAAAUGCUACAAUGCUACUGUAGUGACAAGGAUUACUGUAACAGUAAGGCAAUGGCAGCCCCGUCAGUAAUUUUUGCAGUGCUUUCGAUAUUCCAGUUUCUAGUGAUCUGGUGUUAA